AUGAAAUACUUGGUGAGAUAUAUAUUUUCUUGCUGGAAGCUUUCGGUCGCUUGCCUAAGAAGUUCAGAUAAAAUUUAAUCGUUUGUAUCGCAUUUUAUCUGUGUGAUCUUGCGAUCGAACAGUAGUCGCCUGUGUUGUGACAUUGAAUCAUUUCAUUCUUUUUUUGGUGAGACACUUAUCCUUCUUAUCGAAGCAUUUGAUUGCUCGUAUAAGAAGAAGCUUAGAUAAAACAUAAUCGAUUAUUCUUUGUAAAUUUUUUUCUAUGUAAUCAUGUUGUAAAACAAUAGUUACUUGCCUUGAAGUAUCCUAGAAGCAUCAAAUCAAUUAGAUUUUUUCUUUGAUGAGGUAUACUGUCUACUAGAUUCAUUUAAUGAUUGCACUAGAAAUUAAGAUGAAAUUUAAUCUAAUUUGAUUAGCUAUUUGCAUUAUAUUUUAAUUCUAUGAUGAGUUAAAUAAUAGUUGCACAUUCUUGAAGUAUCAAGAAAUAUCAAAUCAUGUUACUUAUGUUAGACUUUUUAGUGAGAUGCAUAUUUUUCUUAGAAGUUCUCCAACACUUGAAUCAAACAUUUGAUUCUUUGAUUAAUUCUUUGUAUCUUCAAAUUCGUUAGUCGUCUCGAAGUAUCGUCAUGUCACUUUUAGUAUCACAUUCUUUUGAUAAAACAACAGUUACUAUUUUAUCGAAAGAAGUCUACUCUCCUAGAGUAUUAUAAUACAAGAUCUUCUUCUUGUCGUAAUUUAAAUUUAAGAUUCAAUAUAGAUCCUAAAAUCUUGUUUAUAUAAUUUAAAGUCCUUGACAAAUUCAGUGAAAUUUCGAGACCAAUUUUGUCUAAUUAAUCUGCAUACAAAAAUAAUCUAUCCAGCAAGUCAAGUUAAGUCAGUUGUCGUCCUCGUAAUCGCUUUGGCUGUUGCCUCGGCCAGCCCCGAGCGUGAACGCCGCUCUUUAGCCUUGGGAGUCCCCGGAGCAGUGGUGUUGGGUGGAGCGCUACCUGGAUUGGCUCUAGCUGCUCCUUCAGUCGCGGUUCUUGGGCCCGCUGCCGUACCAGCGGCUGUGGUUGGGCCUGCUGCUGGUGUUACCGCAGUAGUUGGACCCUCUGCAGGUGCUGCCACAGUCGUGGGACCAGCGGCUGGUCCUGCUGCGGUUGUUGGACCAGCCGCUGGUGCUGCUGCGGUUGUUGGGCCUGCCGCUGGUCCCGCUGCGGUUGUUGGGCCCGCUGCUGGUUCUGCUGCGGUCGUGGGACCGGCUGCCGGUAAUCGACACAAGUUCAAUCGAUUAGUUCUAAACGUAGAACCUGCAAAGAAGUCUCAAACGAGUAUCAAAUCUUUUUUCUCUUUGGUAUUAGGUGCCGCGGUGAUCUCUGGUCCUGCGGGAACUGUGUUGGCGCCAGCACACCUCGGGUAG